ACAUCCAACAAGUGCUCAGCAUAUUUGGGAACUCCUUCAAGACUGUUGGAAAAGCAUUCCAGGUGAAGCUGGUUGAGAAAAUGCCAAGAGUGUGCAAAGCUGUCAUCAAGGCGAAUGGCUCAAUGGAUCAGGGCUGCAUUAGCAUAGUCUCUGGUGCCCCUGCUGGCCCGAUGGUUCAAGUAUGCUUCCCUGGUGUGCGUGCAGCAGUUUUGGACAGCCUAAAUCGACAGCGGGAGGAAGGACGGCUCUGUGACCUCUCCAUCCAGGUGCAGGGACAGGUGUUCAGGGCCCACCGCUGUGUGCUGGCUGCCUCUUCGCCAUACUUUCACGAUCAGGUGUUGCUGAAGAAUGUGACUACAGUAUCUCUGCCCUCUGUCAUGGACCCUGUGGCCUUUGAGAGUGUCCUGAGUUCAGCCUACACUGGCCAACUGAGCAUAGUGCGUGAUGACAUUGUCAACUACGUGACUGUAGCCAGCUUCCUCCAGAUGUGGCAUAUUGUUGACAAGUGUACAGAGAUCCUGAAGAGACCUCGACCCCCAGCAGAAUGCAACCCUGGGGAUGCUGCAGCUGCCACACACCAUGGUGCCUCCUCAAGGCAGCAGUCCCCAAGCAGCACUGACUGCCUAUACAUGGAGAGAGAGGGGAAAGGUAAGGAGAGGAGGCCCUAUGGCCAGGAGCAGAAUUCGCUGCCUCCAUUGGCCACGUGGAGGAGGCCCCAGCAGUUCCCCAGGUGGAGCCGCCCCAGGUCCUCACCCCAGCAAGUCAUAUCCAUGCCUGCCCAGCACCUAGCUGACUCACACCUGGACUACCACCCUGCUGGGGAGAGUGACUACUCCAGCUGUGAGGAGGUGUGGAUGUCCAGCCACAGCAAAGCCAGCCCCCUAAGCCAUCAUGAUGGGAGAGGACUGGAGCAUAGCCACACCAGGCAUGGGGGGAUUCCUGGUGAGGCGUUGAGACUGAGAGCUAGACUGAGACAGAGGGCAGUGCCACCAAGUGCUGAGAAACUCCAUGGCAGGGAUAGAGGAAGUGGAGGGGGCUUUGGGGAAGAGCCUCAGGAGAAGAGAGGGACUGAAAGAGGGAUUGAAGCAAAUGAAGAAAUGGGGGAAGAGGACAAGAGGGAGGUGCCUGAGCGGAGAGGGAACUCUGGAGACUUCCACACUAGUGUACACCAAGUUGAAGAGGGAGGACAGCCAGAGGGGAAAAAGAGCUCAGGGGAACUGCAGAAGAAAGGAGAGGAGAGACCGCUGGGGAGAAGCUUAGCCCUGACUUCUCCCCAUGUUGUGGAUCCAGAUGAUGUGAUUCCUGGCCCAUCCUGCCCAGCUCCUACACCCUCAUCCCGGAUGCAGUGGCAGGCCGGUCCCUGGUCUCAGCAAGUAGCUAGGCCGCAAGCUGGAGAGGAAUACUACAGAAGAGAAGACGACGACGAAGAAGAUGAGGAGGAAGUGGACUUUGGCCGAUUUGCAGAUGGUGCUUUUGGAAGGGGCACCUAUGAUGAGAUUGAGGAUGGCACCGGGCAAGUUUCUCAGAGACCCUUAGUACCUGACUCUCCUGAUGACAAUGACUUUAUCCUGGGGGCCCAAGAGUUGAACUGGCCCUCUGGGGCAGACAUGACCCAUGGUGGUGGUACCCCAACCUCCAGCUGCCACCUGUCCCCAUCCCCUGCUCCAUUCCUGCCUUCCUCCUCACCCCCCAUCCCCUCUUCCUCCUCCCUCUCCCUUGCUGGGGCCCCUUACACGGGCAAAGUGCACUUCUGCCACUGUGGGAAGGCCUACACCCUGAAGAGCAUGCGUGACCGCCACGUCAAGAUGCAGCACCUCAACCUGCGGCCCUUCGCCUGCCCUGUGUGCACCAAGAGCUUCAAGAUGAAGCACCACCUGACCAAGCACCUGAAGACCCAUGGUGGGCUGCGGCCUUAUGAGUGUGGCCUGUGUGGGAAGAAGGUAAUCUGGAGGGACAGUUUCCUGCGCCACCAGGCCCGCUGUGAGAGACUGGCCGUCAGUUGUGAUGGCGCUGCUGCCAGUAGUAACACCAGAGCGGCUGCCGACAUGGACGAUGGUUAUGCUUAUGGGUUCGGGGAGGGGUUUCUCUCACAAGGCGGGCAGGUGAAAGUGGAGCAGGCAGACUUUCAGGGGGAGGCAGAGUCUGGGAUGAGUGGGCUGUUAGGGGCUGGGGCUGAGUUAGGCUCUCAGUCAAGGACUCUGGUUAGUCACAACUUUAAGGAGGAAGCCAGCGACAGGUUUAGCUGAAGCGAAAUGAGGUAAACAGGUGGAAUAUAGGGCCCACAGCACUUGAGAAAUAGAUUGUGCUCAUAAUGGUCCAUGUGUAAUCCAUUAACACUCCGAUCCAUGUAAAUGUACCUGUUUGUGAACAAUUAUUCUACGAGGGACAUUUGUUUAUUAUUUAUUUAAAUGACUAUCCCAUCAUGCUAUUGAUAUUGCAAAAGAGGGCACAAACAUGUGAUGUGAGUCUGUGUACAUUUUGUAUAUUUAAAUGAGCCAAUUUAUCUAAUGGGCUGUCUUGUGAAUGUAUUUGAGUCACAAACUCUGUUUGCACAGAUAUGGUUUGAACAAGAAGUUAUCAGGGUCAUAUUGGAUAACUAACAUAAUGCCAUAACUGUGGUGGUUUGCUUCCCAGGAAUAUUGGAAGAAAUUACUGAAUAUUAAUUGAAAGUGUAUGCAGGGCAAAUACAGGGAACACAAGCGGUCUCUCCUGCAAAAUGCAAGAGAAAAAAGGUGUCAUGUCUUAUUUUCAUAGUUUGCAGCUAGGUCUGUCCCAAAUGGCACCAUAUGCAUUAUGUAGUGCACUAUAAGGUCAAAUGUACUGUAGUGCACUAUAUAGGGGAAAGAAUGCCACAGAGUAGAUCAACCUGUACAAGGACACUGCAAUCCACUUUCAUCAACCCAGCCAUCUAGACAUUAUCUCACAUUUAUUUUAGAAUAACAUUUUAUUUAAAUUGUCACAUGCGGCAAAUACAACCUGUGUAGACCUUACCGUGAAAUGCUUACUUACAAGCCCUUAACCAAAAAUUCAGUUCAAGAAAUAGAGGUAAUAAAAUAUUUACUAAAAAAACUAAAAUAAAAAUAAAUUGAAUCAGUCAAAAAGUAAGACAAAUGUACUUAACAAUAACGAGGCUAUAUACAGGGGGUACUGGUACAGAGUCGAGAGAAUUUGUAAAGUGAAUAUGCAUAGAUGGUAAACAGUGAGUAUCAGCAGUGUAAAAACAAGGGGGGUCAAUGUAAAUAGUCUGGGUGGCCAUUUGAUUAGUUUAGUUGUUUAGCAGUCUUAUGGCUUGGGGAUAGAAGCUGUUAAGGAGCCUUUUAGUCCUAGACUUGGUGCUCUGGUAGUGCUUGCUGUGCAGGAGAAGAGAGAACAGUCUAUGACUUGGGUGACUGGAGUCUUUGACAAUUUCUUUGCCUUCCUCUGACGCCUAGUAUAUAGGUCCUGGAUGUCAGGAAGCUUGGCCCCAGUGAUGUACUGGGCCGUACGCACUACACUCUGUAGCGCCUUACGGUCAGAUGCCGAGCAGUUGCCAUGCCAGCUGGUGAUGCAACUGGUCAGGACACCCUCAAUGGUGCAGCUGUAGAACUUUUUGAGGAUCUGGGGACCCAUGCCUAAUCUUUUCAGUCUCCUGGGGGGGGAAAGGUGUUGUCGUGCCCUCUUCACAACUGUCUUGGUGUGUUUGGACCAUGAUUGUUUGUUGGUGAUGUGGACACCAAGGAACUUGAAACUCUCAACCGUCUCCACUUUUCCUGUAGUCCACGAUCAUCUCCUUUGUCUUGCACACUUUGAGGGAGAGGUUGUUGUCUGGCACCACACUGCCAGGUCUCUGACCUCCCUAUAGGCUCUCAUCAUUGUCGGUGAUCAGGCACUGUCAGCAGACACUGUUGUGUCAUCAGAAAACUUAAUGAUGGUGUUGGAGUUUUGCUUGGCCACACAGUUGUGGUUGAACAGGGAGUACAGGAGGGGACUAAGCACCCAUGAGGGGCCCCAGUGUUGGCAGAUGUGUUGUUGCCUACCCUUAACACCUGGGGGCGGUCUGUCAGGAAGUCAAAGAUCCAGUUGCAGAGGAAGGUGUUUGGUUCCAGGGUCCUUAGCUUAGUGAUGAGCUUUGUGGGCACUGUGGUGUUGAACGCUGAGCUGUAGUCAAUGAACAGCAUUCUCACAUAGGUGUUCCUUUUGUCCAGGUGGGAAAGGGCAGUGUGGAGUGCGAUUGAGAUUGCGUCAUCUGUAGAUCUGUUGGAGCGGUAUGCGAAUUGGAGAUUUCAACAGCCGAGAUUUAUUUAAACCUUGCUGUCUGUCUUUCCGAAAAUUGCAACGUUGUUUCAAUUGUCAAAUUCAAUUUCGAGCUGUCCCAUAGUAAUGAAUGUGUAGGGGGAUGUGAAAGGCAGGCAGCGUUUCUCAAGCCAGUCGAAAUCAUAAAUCAACUGGCAUCAUUUUUAUGAAUAUAUGCAAAGAAAUGUAAAUUGAAAAAAGGUCAAACAAAACAAAGUGCACCUAGUUUGCAUUCUUUACAGACUCAGUGCAGAUGUUUUAAUGCCAGGUGAAAUCGCUCCUCAUUAGCUCAUUGUUAUGCAUGUAUCCAAAUAAUUGUCACUAGAAAACAGCUUAAACAAAUGCAAAUGCAGCUCCUGUUAUUCUGUUUAAUGUUUGACGUGACUGUAAGUUAGCCGUAGUUGGCUAGUUAGCAAGCAAGUGAUAAGAAUGUUGCCAGACAGUAUGGCAAUGGAACAUUUAGAACGAAUGACUGGGUCGCGUCCAUAAAUACAGAACAAAAAGACUGAACGACUGGGUCGCGUCCAUAAAUACAGAACAAUAAGACUGAAUGACUGGGUCACGUCGCUGGCAAACGAACGAACAGAAUGAACGACCAGCCGGCUUGGGUAGCAACCCUAGAUUUAUGUUGGGACCAUAUCUAGUGGAAGGAUGAAAUAAUGUGAAUAAAUUAACCAAAAUAACGUUUUUAAUUCAAAUACUUAAAAAAAAAAAAAAUACGCACAUUUUCCCACAAAAAGUGUUUCCAUCAAACAGACUUGUUGCAGAUAAAAGGCUGUGCCUGAUGACGUAGUGCACAUUUUAAGAAAAAGUUAAAUGGGUUUUGAUUGCAUUUUCAACACUAUGAUGGUUUUGUCACAAAAACUGCUGAAAUAAAUCACAACCUUGCCCAUCAUAACUUAAAUAUACAGCUGCUUUUCCUUCACUCUAAGGUCCAACUCAUCCCAAACCAUCUCAAUUGGGUAGAGGUCGGGUGAUUGUGGAGGCCAGGUCAUCUGAUGCAGCACUCCAUCACUCUCCUUGAUCAAUUUGCCCUUACACAGCCUGGAGGUGUGUUGGGUCAUUGUCCUGUUGAAAAACAAAUGAUAGUCCCACUAAGCGCAAAACAGAUGAGAAGGCGUAUCGCUGCAGAAUGCUGUGACAGCCAUGCUGGUUAAGUGUGUUUUAAAUUCUAAAUAGAUCACUGACAGUGUCAACCACAAAGCACCAUCACACCACCGUGCUCUACGGUGGGAACCACACAUGCGGAGAUCAUCCGUUCACCUACUCGGCGUCUCACAAAGACAUGGCGGUUGGAAGCAAUAAUCUCAAAUUUGGACUCAUCAGACCAAAGGACAGAUUUCCACCAGUCUAAUGUCCAUUGCUCGUGUUUCUUGGCCCAAGCAAGUCUUCUUCUUAUUGGUGUCCUUUAGUGGUGGUUUCUUUGCUGAAAUUCUACCAUGAAGACCUGAUUCACACAAUACCUCUGAACAGUUGUGUCUGUUACUUGAAAUCUGUAAAGCAUUCUUUUGGGAUGCAAUUUAUGAGAUGCAGUUAACUCUCAUGAACUUAGCAGAGGUAACACUGGGUCUUUUUUUAAUGAGAUUUUUUAUAAUUAUUUAUUACAAAAGACACGAAGAAGAGGUAACAUUAAGGUAUUAGAACAUGAAGGACAAACAAUACAACAUCAAGACAAUAUCAAACAUGUAUCAGUCUUUCCGCAACAGAGCCAUCCUUAUGUGUGAGGGUGCGUGUGCAUGAUAGUGACAUAAAAUGUCAUUGUUUCCUUUUUCACGAUCACCGUCCUGUGAAAACUGAUUCCUCCAAGAUCCCCCCACAGUUCCCCAAUAGCUGUCUUUUUGCCCCUCCGACAGCCCCACCCAGAAUAUUUUUUUUUUCAAAUCCAAUUAAUUCCAUUCCCCACCCCCAAGAACCCCCCAAUGCACCAACAACCAACUAAAGAGAUCAAAGGAAAAGACAGAAGAAAAUAGCAAACAACAAUGCACUUUUUUAAACAAACUAAUACAUUUAAAACAAAGGACACCAAGGACAACUGAAAUCAUAACAGCAAUGCCUACUUUAUAUGUUUGUGUGCAUGUCUGGCACUAUUACAUGUAUGUGCGUGUUCUUGUAUGUGUUUAUUUUAAUGAGAGUGUGUGUAUAUGCAUGUGUACAAACACCUGCACGGCAUCAGCCUCAGGCAAACGGGCGUUGUAAAAACACUGCCACUUAGUGUCAUUAAAAUGUACUUUUAUUA